CCCCUCCUUCUUCUCUGACGCCAUCAGCGCGCGCCGCCCAGCCUGGGCCCCGGUUGCCGGGUGACAGCGGGAGUGUGGCGACAUGGCGCUGUUCACCAUCAACAGGUACCUCUGUGAUGAUGAACCUGCCAAUAGUCCGCAUGAUGAGUCCCGAUCCCAAACUUUGCUGCAGAAGCUUCGUCGAGAGGCCAAGGCCAGACAGCAACAGCUGGAGGUUAAGAGAGGUCCCAUGGAUGAAGAGGGGCCGAAGAACCAAAGGGAAGAUGAGAAUAGAGGAAGGAAGGGCAAAAAGAGGAAAAGAGAAGCUGAAGAAGAGGCUACAAUUUCAGAGAAAAGCAGAAAGAAAGCAAGGCACCUGUCAAAUGAAUCUGAAGACAGCAGCAAAAAUGGGAGACAUGUUGGUUCCCAAGUGCUCAAAUCAGAGAAGGGCAGUGCAGGCGUAAGUGCUAAGCAGUUACAUAACAAAAAAGUGAAGAGGAAUAACACUGGAGUGGAGAGAAAACGCAAACAUCAAGAUCAAAGCACAAACAAUACAGAGACAUCCAACGAAACUAAUAAUGAUCAGGCGAGACCGAACGGAGAUCUGGAAAAACCAGAGCAGACCGAAGCGAAGGAGAAAAGUGAUCAGGAUGAGAACCAUACGUCAACUGAUUCCAAAUCCAGCCUGAUCAUUCUUGGAGGGUUUCAGAAGAAAACGAUUCAGAAGGUGCAUCGAGUCUUGCCCCAGUGGCUUGCUAAGCCCAUGCUGGUCAACAAGGACAUUAAACAGAAUCUAAACGCGAUCGAAAAUGUUCCAGGAAUCCAUGAGAAACUGCUUCAGAAACUUCGAACCAAUGGUAUCCAUUCCUUCUUCCCAGUUCAAACAGAGGUAAUCCCCAUCCUCCUGGAGAGCACAAAGCAUGGACUGUGGCUGGGCAGAGGGGGCUACAGGCCGAGAGACAUUUGUGUAUCCGCACCCACUGGUAGUGGCAAGACCCUGGCAUUCGUUAUCCCCAUUGUUCAGGCGCUGAUGGGCCGUGUGGUAUGCAGAGUUCGAGCCCUGGCUGUGCUCCCAACCAAGGAACUGGCUCAGCAGGUAUGUAAGGUGUUCAAAAGGUAUACUGAAGGCCUGGGUCUGAAAGUAGUGAUUGUUGCUGGACAGAAACAAUUUGCUGUGGAGCAGGCCUCUCUUGUUGAGCAUACGUUUACUGGCUAUUGCAGCUUGGCAGACAUCAUUGUUGCAACUCCAGGACGUUUGGUUGAUCACAUUGCCAAAACAGAUGGAUUCGAUCUGCGGCAUCUCCGAUUCUUGAUAAUCGAUGAGGCAGAUCGAAUGAUUGAUAAUAUGCACCAGGAUUGGCUGAACAAAGUAGAGAAUGCAGUAUACCAAGUGAAAGAAUGUUCAGCUUCAGACAGUUUGUUCCAGAGGACAAAGCCAGGAGUUUGCACAGCUGCAAGCCAUUCCCAACUGCAGAUGCCCCUGCAGAAGCUGCUGUUUUCUGCCACCCUCACCCAGGACUCUGAGAAACUGCAGCAGUUGGCACUGCACCAACCUCAACUCUUCACCUCCAAUUACACACCAUUGGAGAGUGAGACCCAUGUGACCCAGAGUGAACUCCAAGGACCUGGGGACAGCAUUGGAAAGAAGUACACCUUGCCCGAGGGCCUGACGGAAUUCAUUGUCCCAUGCAAUCUUAGAAAGAAGCCUCUGAUAAUCCUCUACUUUGCCCUGAGAAUGAAAUUCAGUCGUAUCUUGUGUUUCACCAACUCCAGAGAUGCAUCACACAGGUUGUAUCUUUUACUUUGUGCCUUUGGUGGCAUAGAAGUGGCAGAAUUUUCUUCCAGGCUUUCCCCUAAUGAAAGACGAAAGACACUGAAAGAGUUUGAGAAAGGAAAACUCCAAAUACUGAUCAGCACAGAUGCAAGUGCUAGAGGAAUUGAUGUUAAAGGUGUCACGUGUGUGGUUAACUAUGAUGCCCCACAGUUCAUCAGGACGUACAUCCACAGAGUUGGUAGAACUGCUCGAGCUGGAAAAGCUGGGCUCGCAUUCACACUCCUCCUAAAAAUGCAGGAACAGCAGUUUCUUCAAAUGCUGAGAGAUGCUGGGAGCAAAGAGAUGAAGAAGCAUAUGGUGAGACAGAAAUUCUUGACUCCAUUGAUCGAGCGCUAUGAAAAUGCUCUGCAAGUAUUUCAACAGGUUCUUAAGGAUGAAAAGAGGAGGCAACGUCUGUGAAAAAAAGAAAUGAGAAGUUUGGAAAUUAUCUGGACAAAGAAAAUGCACUGACCACUUAGGUUUAUGAAGGAACCUCAACUGAAAAACUUUGAUAUUGUUUUUAAACAAAUAUAUUUAUAUACAAAUGUAUAUUUCAGACAGUCGAUCAUAAUGGACAGUUUGUAUUCUGGGGUCAAUGGACAGUGUGUGAUGGUGUCACAUUCAUAACUGGAGGAGAAAGUGAGGUCUGCAGAUGCUGGAGAUCAAAGUUGAAACUUUAUUGCUG